AUGGUUGGAAAUUCUUUAGAUAAAAAAAUAUGUUCAAAAGCGAAAGUAUAUUUUCUAAAGUUAAAAGCUGACAAAAAGUGGGGACACGGUUGCAAAGCCUUAGUCGUAAUAAGUGGCGAGAAAACUACUUAUAAGUUAAUGAUGUAUCCAAAGGAGGAGCAUAUAAACGCCAAGUACGAAAUCUUGCUAGACUCAAAAAUUACUUUUAAGGUGACUAAAGAAUUUUUUUUACAAUUUAACGGAAAGAACGGAAAUAUUUUUCUUUUUUAUUUUAAAAGUUCAGAAAAAAUUGUUAAGUUUAUAGAAGAUUUAACCAAAGUCCUUUUAAAUUUUAUAAAGCAACCUCAAAUUUUGGUAGCCAAAGCUAUAAUUGACUUUUCUGACGGUAAUAGAGAACACUUAUCUUUUAAAAAAGGACAGCUUCUUCAACACGUUGGCUACGUGGAAGAGGGGUGGUGCCACGGUGCCUAUAAAACUAGUGAUGGGCGUAAACAAAUGGGGCUCUUCCCCUCUUACUGCGUUGAGGCUAUAAAUCCGGUGCCUCCGGAGGGCCAGGCCUCUGAAGAAUCCGCUAGCCUCAGUGAAACUUCUGAAGAAAUUCAAGAAGAGGAGGGGCUCCUUCCGCCUUCAUCCUCGAGCACAUCAGUAGAAGACGUUGCAGCGCUCACUAUUUCGAGUCCGUCAAGUAGAGAACAAACAAGUCCUGUGUUGAAGGGAAGUGUGGGAGGCUCGAGGGAAGUUAAAGAGUUGCAACAAAAGAUCAAAGAGUUCAGAGCAGAAAACCAAAAAAUAAAAAACGAAAUCCUUUCGCUUUCAAAACAAUCUAAGCUUUGGGAAAAAGAAUUAGCGGAGGAUACUGUGGCGUCCGUUGAAAUCCUUACUGUACUGCAGGAAGUAGUUAAGAGGUCAGAGAGCUGGAAGUGGUACAUAGCAGAAACGCAAGAUCUUAAAGAAAAGUUGAAAGCGAAGAUUGUUAUUCUGGCGGAGGCGGUAGACGAGCUGCACGCUUUGCUUGCAGAAGCAUCCUUGUUACCCGCGUAGCAGAAAAUAAAGCUUUUGUGAUCGGCAUAAUUUAUUGAAUUAAUAGCG